UAGAAACAAAACUCAAGGCAAGCAGUUCAUCAUGGUGCGGCUGGUGCAGCUGGUGCUACUGCUGCUGACUGUUGGCUGCUACAGCCAGGAGCUGCUCAAGAUAACCUUUUGGAUAGAGCCGUUGCAGCGUGCAGAAUUUGAUGCGGAUAUGGUGGUGGUGCUCAAGGAGCUGGAUGGCUUGCGGCUGGAUAUUAAGGUUUCGGAUGUAUCCAUGCCAUUGACACGCUCCGAAGAUGGCAAGGAUAUGCAACGCUUUUGUGAGAUCCUGGGCAGCGAGGGCAGCACCAUUGUUAUAGAUCUCACCUACAGCCACUGGCCGGAGGGCUACAAGCUGCUGCGUGACAAGGGCAUUGCGUAUGUGCGACUGGAGCGCAUGCUGCGACCCUUUCUCGAGAUGUUUGGCGCCUUCAUGCGACAGAAGCGGGCCAAUAAUGUGGCAAUGGUGUUCCAGAAUGCCCGCGACGCUGAUGAGGCCAUGCAGCAGAUGAUUAUUGGCUAUCCCUUUCGCACGCUGAUCCUCGAUGCCAGUGCGAGCGACAAUCCCAGGGGUGACUUUGUGCAGCGCAUAAAAGCCCUGCGGCCCACGCCCAACUAUGUGGCAAUGUUUGCACGUGGUGCGGCCAUGAAUUCGCUCUUCGACAAGGCGCAAAAGGGUGGCAUAUUUGAGCGGCCCACCGAAUGGCAUUUCAUUUUUCUGGACACACGCGAUCGGGUCUUCAAGUACAAGCGCCAGGUGGAGCUGGCAAAUCGUUUUACGCUGAAUGCUCGGGCCAUAUGCAGAUCGAUGCCCAUGCCGGAUCUUUAUUGCGGCAGUGGAUUUACAUUGCAGCGGGCCAUGCUGCUGAAUGUGCUACGAAGUCUGAUCAAUGCGGCACAGGUGAGUCCGGAAAUGCCGCUGCCCAUCUACGUGGAGUGCAAUAGCACUUCCUCUGAGUCAACAGAGCUGGGCACAGCAGAGCCCUUUGCAGAGACCGUGACACAGUCCGGCUCCUGGCUGGAGUGGGUGCACUGGAGCAACUUUCUCACCUUUGCAGCGGGUGUGGAACGGUAUCCGGAUGAAUUGGAGCCGGGCCAGCCGACAGCAGUGGUCCUGCCGGCGCUCACCUUUGCCGUAAAUAUCUCCGCUGGCUAUUACUCCAGCGAGCAUGAGGCCAAGACAGAUCUGGCCGUGUGGUCCACCCUGGGCGGCGGCACGCUGCGUCUGCUCAACGAGACGGUCAGUCCGGCGCGACGCUUCUUUCGCAUUGGCACCGCCGAGAGCAUACCCUGGAGCUAUCUGCGGCGCAACGAGCGAACCGGCGAGCUGCUGCGCGACAGCAAGGGCGAACCCAUCUGGGAGGGCUACUGCAUUGACUUUAUGCACCGGCUGUCGCAGAAGCUUAACUUUGAGUACGAGAUCGUGGCCCCCCAGACGGGGCACAUGGGCGAGGUGAAUGCGGACAAUGAGUGGGACGGUGUGGUGGGGGAUCUGGUGCGCGGCGAGACGGACAUUGCCAUUGCCGCCCUCAAGAUGUACUCGGAGCGGGAGGAGGUCAUAGAUUUCCUGCCACCCUACUACGAGCAGACGGGCAUUUCGAUUGUCAUCCGCAAGCCAGUGCGCAAGACGUCGCUGUUCAAGUUCAUGACCGUCCUGCGGCUGGAGGUUUGGCUGAGCAUUGUGGCCGCCCUCGUGGGCACGGCAUUUAUGAUCUGGUUCAUGGACAAGUACUCCCCGUAUAGCUCGCGGAAUAACCGUGCCGCCUAUCCGUAUGCCUGUCGUGAGUUUACGCUGCGCGAGAGCUUCUGGUUUGCCCUCACCUCGUUCACGCCGCAGGGCGGUGGUGAGGCGCCAAAGGCAAUUUCAGGGCGCAUGCUGGUGGCCGCUUACUGGCUGUUUGUGGUGCUCAUGCUGGCCACGUUCACGGCCAAUCUGGCGGCUUUCCUCACGGUGGAGCGCAUGCAGACGCCGGUGCAAUCGCUGGAGCAGCUUGCCCGCCAGUCGCGCAUCAACUACACGGUCGUCAUGGAAUCGGAUACGCAUCAGUACUUUAUCAAUAUGAAAUUUGCGGAGGAUACGCUGUACCGCAUGUGGAAGGAGCUGGCGCUGAAUGCCUCCAAGGACUUUAAGAAGUUUCGCAUCUGGGACUAUCCCAUCAAGGAGCAGUACGGACACAUUCUGCUGGCCAUCAACAGCUCGGGGCCGGUGAAGGAUGCUCGCCAGGGAUUCGCCAAAGUGGAUGCUCACGACAAUGCCGACUAUGCGUUCAUCCACGAUGCGGCGGAGAUUAAGUACGAGAUAACCAGAAACUGCAAUCUGACGGAGGUGGGCGAGGUGUUUGCCGAACAGCCGUACGCGGUGGCUGUGCAGCAGGGCAGCCAUCUGGGCGAUGAGCUCAGCUAUGCCAUACUGGAGCUGCAGAAAGAUCGUUUCUUCGAGGAGCUGAAGACCAAGUACUGGAAUCAAUCGAAUCUACGCAAUUGUCCGCUCUCCGAGGACCAGGAGGGUAUCACGCUGGAGAGUCUGGGCGGUGUGUUUAUAGCCACGCUCUUUGGCCUGGUUCUGGCCAUGAUCACCCUCGGCCUGGAGGUGGUGUACUUUAAGAAGCGGCAGGAUACCUUGGAGGCCUCCAUCACUCAGGUGAAACCCAUUGAGGCGCCAGAUACUGAUACUGGAACGGCUCCUCCUACGGCCGCCAGCCAGAAGAAGGGCGCCUGGCAUAUACCACUGGAUAAGCAGAGAUCGGCAAAGAUAUCGCCACCGCCUUCGUUCGAGGUGGCCACAUUUCGGGGCAAAAAGGUGCCGUCGAAGGUAACGCUGGGCGAUGGUAAGUUCAAGCCGCGCCAUGGCCUGCAGUCCCGCCGCAAUCUAGGAGCACUCGAUGCACCAAUGGGCUACAUGGAAUGAGGGAUAUAUUUAGGCUAUCCAUCGCAUAUAAUCAAAGUCACACACGUAUUUACUCGUAAUCGUAAUCGUACUCGUCUAUUUCAAACUCAACAGUUUUCAAAUAAAUACGCAUAUCGAUAGUAA